AUGCUCGUCGACUCGAAUAUGGACGAACGCCAGCAGCAGCGCGUCUGCAAUGCCUGCCACGAAGACAUGACAUCGUACUUCAGCGAUGUGGUCGCAGCGUCACACUCGGAGGACGCGUGGCGGGCAGCCCUCCAAGCCCAAGAGCGACGAAAGCAGUCGACGGCCGCCAAGACAAAGCGUGAAGACUCGCACGGUUCGCUCUACUCGACGUUCGCGUCGGCGCCGACGAUGGUCGCCUACUCGAGCAUCUAUCCGCCGGUCGCCGAGUCCGACGACGACUCGGACUCCUCCGAGAGCUCCGUGGACUCGACGACCUCGGUCUCACUGGAAGAUAUUUACGAAACCAUGCGCGCGAUCGGCGGUCCUUCUGUCGUUGCCGAUACCGAGACGUCGUCGUCGCGCCAGACGGCCGUGCGCAGCUCCCGCGGCUCGUACCUCUCGCUUCGCAGCAUGCUCGACUAUACCGGCUGCGUCGGCCACGAUACCGGUCGUCGAGACACGCCACUAGCCACAACCGUGUCGCUGGACGACCUUGUCCAGACGAUGCGCCCAACGCGGUCGCAGCGGCUCGAGCUGGCCUUGGGGCCGUCCAGUGUCUCGGAGAGCACGCUGCGGCAGUCCGAAGUCGCGGCCCUGCGCGCUGAAUAUGCGAAUGCCGUGGCUGCUGCGCAGGCCGAGUACGCACUGUACAGUAAUGCGGUCGAAGGUCUUUUAAAGGCGCGUCGACGCGUGGCCCGUCGGCGGUUGCGGCUCCAUCAGCACUCGCAAGAGGCCAAGGUGCUACAUGUUGCCGCCGAGUACUUUCAAGCUCAGCUCCAGUACAAGCUCGCAUUGUGCGACGAUCCGACGUCGCCCGAGCUCUGGCUCGGUCUUGUUGCGUGCUUACUUGACCUCGGGCGGCUUGACGAAGCGGACGAAGCUAUCGUGUGCUGCGAGGCGUGGGCGUCGCCACCGUGCUUGCCCUCCUUGCGCGCGCUCCAAGGCGACUUAGAGCUGCGCCGCCGCCACUACGAUGCUGCCGUGACGCACCUCCGCGCUGCCAUCGCUGCCUCGAACGUGGCGUGGUAACCGAGUCGGAUAUUUCUUAUUUAUUCUUAUGCCACAUGCGGGCGUCUAUCUAC